ACUGAUCACUCCCUUCUAUUCCAGGUGAAAUGGUUCAAUACUGAAAUGGUUCACUAAAAUGUUUUUUAGUGUGUAUAAAGAACAGGUAAUUCGUCGUAAUUGCAGUCCUCCUUGCGAACCUCAGCUGAACCCCGUUACGUAACAGAAAUGGCGGAGAUCGAAGGCGCACAGGUUGUAAAAGCGAAGAAGCGUGAAGCGGGAGGGGCCCGAAGAGUGGCCAACCAAAUCCCAGAGGAAAUACUGAAUGACCCACAGCUGCAGGAAGCCAUCCGUGCUCUGCCUCAGAAUUACAACUUUGAGAUCCAUAAGACAGUGUGGCGAGUGAGGCAGGCCAAGGCAAAGAGAGUGGCGUUACAGUUGCCAGAGGGUCUACAGAUGUUUGCCUGUGUAAUUGCUGACAUCAUUGAAAGGUUCACAGAUGCAGACACUGUGGUCAUGGGGGAUGUGACGUAUGGAGCCUGCUGUGUGGAUGACUUCACUGCUCGUGCCCUGGGCGCCGACUUCAUGGUGCACUAUGGCCACAGCUGUCUGAUCCCUAUUGACUCUACGGCAGGUAUAAAGAUGCUGUAUGUGUUUGUGGAUAUCCAGUUGGAUACAGCUCACUUCCUGGACACGGUGCGGUACAACUUCACCCCUGGACAGUCCCUGGCACUUGUCAGCACCAUUCAGUUUGUGGCAGCAUUGCAGUCUGCCAGUACUGCCCUGAAGCAGACGUAUGACGUGCUGAUGCCUCAGUGUCGCCCCCUGUCUCCCGGAGAGAUACUGGGGUGCACCUCGCCUCGCCUCGAAAGGCCCGUCGAUGCCCUCAUUUACCUGGGAGAUGGGAGGUUUCACCUGGAAUCCAUAAUGAUUGCCAAUCCAGACAUACCUGCCUACAGGUAUGACCCCUACAGUAAAGUCUUCUCACGAGAGUACUAUGAUCACAAAGCCAUGCGGGAGGCCCGACAGAAGUCCAUCGAGCGAGCUCGUUCAGGCCAGCGAUGGGGCCUCAUUCUGGGCACACUCGGCCGGCAGGGCAGCCCCAAAGUCUUGGAGCACCUGGAAUCCAAGCUGGAGUCUCUAGGAAAGACUUUCUGCAGAGUAAUGCUGUCAGAAAUCUUCCCCAGCAAACUAGAUCUACUGCCAGAUGUUGAUGUGUGGGUACAGAUUGCGUGUCCACGCCUCUCCAUAGAUUGGGGCCUGGCCUUCUCUAAGCCCCUGCUCUCUCCUUAUGAGGCUGCAGUGGCACUCAGGCAGGUUGAGUGGCAGGAAGUGUAUCCAAUGGAUUACUAUGGCAAUCAGAGCUUGGGACCUUGGACUGUCAAUCACCGUGAUAACCAACCAUGCCGCACUGCCAAAAGACAAACCAAGAAGUGUGCGCCAGGCAAUGCUGCAGCUGUCAAUCCGAGCAUUCCCUGUGGCUGUCAGGCAGAAUAACCACAACACUUCCAUAUUCCACUGUGUCACUGACCCACAUAAGGAAAUACAUGUACGCACAUCACACACAAACCAGCUGCAAAUCAUGCACAAUGAGGAUAUUCACACUAACCCUGAUGGAACCACUUUAUUCAAAUGCUUCACAGUCACUUUGGCUACAGUUCAUGUGGCCAUGCUAUUUAGGAACGGUGAUUUUAAACCUACCACUGGACCCGACUUAACACCAGAAUCUUAAACAAUAUCAAUGUAUAUAUGUACAUUUCUGUAAACAUUUGUAAUUAAAGAGCUGAACUGGAAAAGAAUGAAAAAAUGU